CUUUGCCCCCAUAACGAGCUCCUCACCCACUCGUACUCCCAAGUCCUCCUCCAUCACUUUCGAGAUUCUCCAUCGCUUUACGCUGUGCUCCACCGUGCUGUGCCCCAUCCCCGGAGGUGCUCAAAGGCAGGUUGGGUGGGGUCCUGGGCAGCCUGAGAUGGUGCUGGUGCGUGGCAUCCAGCCCAGGGCAGCAGGGAGGAGCUGGGUGACCUUCAAGGUUCCUCCCAGGUGAAGCCAUUCUGUGAUUGGUCAUGACGUACUCCAUCAGUCGUGAGGUGCUCUGUCAUCCAUGAGAUGGUCCAUCAGGUGCGAUACACUCCACCGCUUCUGAGAUGUUUCAUCUGUUGUGAGACGUCUUCCAUCGUGAGAUGCUCCCUGGGUGACCCCCAGUCUCCAUGGGAAGGGACAAAGGACCGCAUGUUCCCACUGCGGAGCAGCAGCGUGGGCAGCCUCCUGGGAUGCUCUGCAGCCAUCCCUGAGUGCUGGGAGGUGACAGGGCCAGCCCCAGUGCUGACGUACCGUGGGGAUGAUCCAACCCAUGGCAAUGUUUUGAAUCCCGCUGCCUGCAGCUGCAGGCGGUGCUGUGGCCCUGGCAGGUCCCCAGGGUGCGCGUGGAGGAGCCAGGAGUGCUGCCAUGGGGCUCCGGCUACGCAGGAGUGCCAGCUUCACCCCUGAGCACCCAGCCCUCCUGGAGCUGCCCGGCCCUGCUGCCCUGAGAGCAGAAGCCAGUGUGCUGGUGAUGGGAGUGGACAGCGUGGGGAAAUCAGCCCUGACUGUGCGCUUCCUCACUAGGCGUUUUAUCGGGGAAUACGGAGACAUGGAGCUCUGCAGAGCCUUGAUGUUCAUGUGUGGUCAGGAGCCGUACUGUCACCGCACUGGGGUGCAGAGGGCACAGCUGUGCUUGGGCCGAGCACAGGGGCAGUGCUGCUCGCAGACCCACUCUGCAUGGCUGCUCUGUGCCCCCAGACCUUGCCCCAGGACCCUAAAGCUCCUGGAGGAGGGCGGCUGCGAGGGAACCGUCUGCAGAAACAAACAGCCUCGGUUUCAUUUUUUGGCGGAGUUCAUCUACAGCCACACGUUGACCGUGGAUGGCCGAGAGGUUCUCUUCCACAUCUGGGAUGUCCCUAACUCGCAGGACCAGGCAGACGAUGGCUCCUCGGAGGAGAAACGAAUCCAGUGGGCGGACAGCUUCGUGCUGGUCUACAGCAUCUGUGACCGCGCCAGCUUCAACCUCCUGCCCCUCAAAGUGCAGUUCAUUAGGGCGGCCAAGGAGGGGCAGGGCCCGGUGCCCAUCGUCAUCGUGGGCAACAAGCGGGACCUGCAGCACCAGCGGGCGGUCUCCAGUGAGGAGGGCCGGCUCUCUCUGGACUGUGGUUUCUAUGAGGUCUCUGCGGCCGAGGCCUACCAUGGGGCUCUCAUGGUGUUCCAUGGACUGGCCGAGCGCAUCCCUGACCCCAGGCUGACGCUGAGAAGGGGUGCCGGCAUCCGGGACAUCGUCAAGACCGUGUCAGCGGUGUUUGCCCGCAGGCGGACAGACUCGCUCUGAGCAGUGGCUUUGCUUCUGUGCUGUGUAGCUGUAUGAGGCCUCCUGUGUGCCGCGUAGACUGGGCGUGUUCCAGGAGCACAGCAAGUUGUCCAAACCUCAGGAUCUGGGUCUCUAGCUGUACGUGGUCAGCAAGGCAAGGGCCUUCCUCUGCUAAGCUCUCAGCUCUGCGGUUGGCUGCACCAUCCCCAGCUCCUUCUGUGGGCCAGCAGGGAGGACAUGCAGCUAUGUCCUGCUCUGUGCUGCCGCUUUCACCGCAUCCUGGCCGUGUCAGUCCUGAGCCUGGAGGACAGCAGGCAGAGUCCUUCACCCUCCACCCCACCCCAUCUCAUCCUAUCCCAUCCUCUGUGACUCCAAGCAGCGCUGUGCUGCUGACCUCCCUCCUGCAGCCUUUCGGUGACAGCCCAGGCUCGGCAUGGGAAAGUCAGGCGCUGGGCUUUUUCCCAGGAUGCGGGACUGUACCGCGUGUCUCAUAAACACAGACCUCUGAGCCUGCCUGUCCCUGGGGAACAAGGGAGGUGGGAGGAGGGCAGGGGACCGUUCCCCUUUCCUGGUGUGCCUGGGAAAGCAGUGUGUAGGAAGGAGGUUGUGUGCGUGCAGUGCAGACAGUGAUUGCUCUGCUCUGUUCUCCUGUAGAUGGAAUAAAUCUUU